AUGAAAAUUCCUUCGCCACCCAAAAAUGUGGAUGCACCGAAGGAGCCCACGGUUCCUGGGAAUGAGAGGGAGGCUUCAUCCCCAACUGUCCAACCUGAUGAGAACCAUCCACGAUCUGCGGCUGCUCCCGUGAGAGAUGCCGGAGAGCUUCCACCCCCAAGGCCACCAUGGGUACCGAACUCCGGCCGGCAAGAUCCGAGUCCAUCAAUGCGCAAGCCGGGAAAGAGUCACCGAGUGCAUUCUAUAAGCUCAAGACGAAAGGAAAAAGGCCCAGAGGGCGGAGAAACCACGAUCCCUAUGGAUGAUGGGAGGACUCGGCUCUCCACUAGUAAUACCCCUCGGACAAAGCAACGUGAACACCCUGGGAAGGCGAAGCAGCCCCAGGGGCCAGAGCAGAAGAACAACGCUAACCCUCAUAAUGACGCCGAAGUCACCUCUAGGGAAGUGCCACCUGACCUAAGAGAAAAGCUCAAUAGAAGGAGGUCUGAAGUAAGGACAACACCUCCUGUGCCCCCUUCGAAGGGUAGAUAA